CCGGGCAUCUUCGAGUUCGUUGGCGCUUUUCAGCCGUUCUUCUCCACCGCCGGGCAAAUGGAAUAACGGAAUAGUCGAAUAAGGAUGUAACCGAGCUCGCUCGCUUUUGGAGUGACCAAGCGCCAGAGUGGGGCAACUAAGCGCCAAAAUGGUGCAACUUCUAUGCCGUUUCUCGUGCAAACUCGGAUGCCCUUCCCCCGAAUCCUUCCGGCCGAUACGUUAAUUAUUCCGUCCGGAGGAGGAAUCUCGAGGGAGCUUCCGUUCUCUGUUCUCCGCUGCCAUGGCUUUUCUCUCGGCGUCGUCUCUUCGCGAACCGGUAUCGGCAAACCCUCCUAUCCGGAAGAUCGCCGGCUCUUCUGGAGUAGUUCGAUGCGCCGGAAGGCCGAGAGUCGUGUUUCAGGGCGUCUCGCUUCGGGGUUUUGGUUUGGCAUUGGAUGGGAGGCCACGGGGGGUCACGACUGCCGCGAUGAGUUCGAAUUGGACUGAUCCAACUGGUGCUGGUAUUGACACAUUUCAUGUUCCUCUCUUGUCUGGCUCUGAGGUUGCAGAAAAGCUUAGGGAAUUCCAGAAAAACAGAACUAGCAAGCAAAAUUACAUGGCUAUGUACUCUAGCAUCAUUGGUGGAAUCACUACAGAUCCUGCAGCUAUGGUGAUACCUAUGGAUGAUCACAUGGUUCAUCGAGGGCAUGGUGUUUUUGAUACUGCUGCCAUAAUGGACGGAUUUCUCUAUGAGUUAGAUCAACAUCUGGACCGUUUCUUAAGGUCUGCUUCAAUGGCCAAAAUUCAUCUCCCAUUUGAACGCUCAACCAUGAGAAACAUACUUGUACAAACUGUAGGUGCAUCAGGUUGUAGGCAGGGAUCAUUGAGGUACUGGCUUUCUCCAGGGCCUGGUGAUUUCUUAUUAUCUCCAUCAGGGUGUCCAAAUCCUGCUUUGUAUGCAAUUGUGAUUGAAGGUCGAUCUUUACCAGACCGAAAGGGUGUUAAAGUUAUAACAUCUUCAAUCCCAAUGAAAUCAUCGCAGUUUGCCAUAAUGAAGAAUGUAAACUACCUGCCCAAUGCACUGUCCAAGAUGGAAGCUGAAGAGAAUGGAGCAUUUGCAGCAAUUUGGUUGGAUGAUGAAGGGUUUGUUGCUGAGGGUCCUAACAUGAAUGUUGCUUUUGUGACAGCAGAUAGAGAGCUUCUUAUGCCCCAAUUUGACAAAAUUCUCAGUGGGUGCACAGCAAAACGAGUGUUGGUUCUUGCAGAACAACUUGUCUCAGAUAGGAGACUAAGCGGAAUCAGACUAGGGAAUGUAACCGUCCAGGAAGGGAAGAUGGCUGAAGAAAUGAUGCUUAUUGGAAGUGGAAUUAUUGUGAAGCCUGUCCUGCAAUGGGAUGAUCGCGUCAUUGGAUCUGGCAAAGUAGGUCCUGUGGCUCAUGCUCUUUUUGAUCUCAUUCUGGAGGACAUGAUGGCUGGUCCUCCAACAGUUCGGUUGGCUGUACCUUACUGAACUUGCUUGGCUAUUUUUCUUGUUUACCGGGGAAAAUUACAGCCUAAAACCUGAGUCCUGUGGCCCCAUGAUUCAUUUAUAAUGAUGCUGGGUCUUAAACCUUGUAAUAUCCCAAAAAUUCGUAUGAUGUAAUUUUAAACAGUGCUCUGUGUCAGACAUUCUUUGAUUUAGAAAAUAUAGUUUAAUUGCCUGCUCUUAUUCCCC